GUGUGAGCGGGCGGGGAUGGCGCGGCUCCUGCUCCCUCUCCCCCGGGCUCCCUGCUCCUGUUUCCGGGCGCUGCUGGCCUCCCUGCUGCUGGUGGCCGCGCUGCAGCUGCUGUACCUCGGCCUCCUGUCGGCGAUGCACGGCCGCCAGCAGCGGCUCCGCUACUCCCGGCUCUUCCAGGCCGGAGGGCGGCCCGGGGCUGCUCUGGGAGCUGGUGCCCAGGGAGGAGAGUCCCAGUCCCGGGAAGCCCUGACGCUGGGACCGGGGAGGCUGGACCCGAGCGGCCGGUACCGCCUGUACCGGGACGUGAGCCGGAGCCCGGUGAGCCGUGAAGCCGGGGACUUGGAGCUGAGCCUGGCCACCCACAGCUCCUUACACAACCUGCACCACCUGCCUGGCCUGGCACGGCGUUGGCAGGGUCCCCUGGCAGUGGCAGUGUUCGCAGGACCAGGGGAGCUGAGUGCCAGCCUACAGCUCAUUCACAAUCUGGAGGGGCACUGUCCGUGCCUGCGAGGCCGGGUCACCUUUACCUUGGUCACUCCCAGCGGGCUGCCAGAGAAGGGGGUAGCCCCAGAGCCGGGUGGAGGGGAGCGCCAGGGGCCCGGGACGCAGGACCCCCAGGUCGGGGAGCCCCCGGACCCUCACCCGGCCUGCCGCAGGGCGCUGGCCCAGCUCCGUCGCUACAGCCUGGGCCGCACCAACUACGCCCUGUCGGCCGGCCCCUACCCUAACAACCUGCUGCGGAACGCGGCGCGCCAGGCCCUGCCCUCCCGCCACGUGCUGGUCAUCGACGUGGACAUGCUGCCCAGCGCCGGGCUGCACCCCGGCUUCCUGCGGCUGCUGGACGACCUGACCCGGAGCGCGGAGAGCGGGCCCGGCGCCGACCGCACCGUCUACGUGGUGCCCGCCCUGGAGAUGCGCCACACCCGCCGGCUGCCCCAGCACAAGGCCGAGCUGCAGCAGCUCUACCAGGUGGCCGAGGUACAGCCUUUCUAUGCCGAGCUGUGCCCCCGAUGCCAGGCUCCCACCAACUACAGCCGCUGGAUCAACCUGCCCGCUGCCGCCACCGCCGCCACCAGUACCAGCAGCACCGGGCCUGCACUGCGGGUAGCCUACACACGGGAGUGGACAGACCCCUGGGAACCUUUCUACAUCUCCCGCACCACCGUGCCCCCCUACGACGAGAGGUUCGAACAAUACGGCUUCAACCGCAUCAGUCAGGCCUGUGAGCUCCACGUCGCUGGCUACACUUUCGCAGUGUUGGACAAUGCCUUUCUCAUCCACAAAGGCUUCAAGCUGGCCAGUGAGUUCCACCCGCAGAAAGACGAGGAGAACAGACGCAACAGGAUUCUUUUCCGCCAGUUCAAACAGGAUCUGAAGUUAAAAUACCCCGACUCGCCCCGGUGGUGCUGAAAUCCAUUCCACCCGCAGAGGAAGCUGUGACUCACCGGGGAAACCAGAGACCGACUCCCUUCUCGUUCCCAGAGACCUUGAGAGGUCAUUGUGACUGAUGCUUUCCUGCUUCAGUUGCAGGAAACGGAAAGACUAUUUUAGCCCAUCCACGUGCUGGUCUUUUAGAAAUGAUUUGGAGGUGCCGGUGUUGGAACUGGGGUGGACAAAGUUAAAAAAUCACACAACACCAGGUUAUAGUCCAACAGGUUUAUUUGGAGGCACUGUUGGGCUACAAGCUGGUGUUGUGUGAUUUUUAACUUUGUCCUUUAGAAACAAACUCUUGAGACAUUUUACAAUUAAAAACCGAACACUGCGGAUGCUGCAAAUCAGAAACAGAAAUUGGUGGGAAAGCUCAGCAGGGCUGGCAAAAUCUGUGGAGAGAGGUCAGAGUUAACAUUUCCACUCAUGGAGUUGACCAGCGUUUUGGAAACAGGCCCUGCGGUCCAACUUGCCUAUCCUACAUUAUUCUUGUCCCUUUCACCAGUCCAGUGGCCCUUAGCAUCGGUGGUAGCCAGGAAACAAAGUUGAUUUUCUUUUUAUUUUCAGAACGUUUGAGACUCCUAUUUUUCUUCCCCCCCGCCUGACAGAGGUAAUGCUUAUUUUUCCCUAGCACCAUGUCAUGUGUAUGCAGGUGUUGGACACAGUGAAAAUAAAAGUGUGUAAAUCUUUAUUUUUAUUCCACCACUGGGUAAACACCUAAGUGGCCACUGACAAGCAAUACCCUUCUCAGAGGGCAAUGCUGCAUGAUCAAACAGUGAAGGGAAGGGCAGGGAUUAAAUCAAAGGUGUUUUUAUACAGAUUUUUGGGGGUGGGGUAAGGUGUUAAUAGGUGGAGAUAUAAGCCCAAAGGAAGAGAGAACAGUUGUACAAAGGAGUGGAUGGUCGAGUACUUUUCCAGUACUGCACUUUCCACUCUGAUCUUCAAUAUCUGCAUUCUCUUUUUCCUAAGACCAGGAUAGAAUACUGGUUUCAAGAUGAAAAUCCAACAAUUUUGGGCACACCUUCAUUUUAUUAAUCAGUCAGCUAUCACACAACCCAUAGUUAGCCACUAACAGCUAUUCUUCCAGCCUGCUCAUUGUCCACUUUUUGUCUGUCCAGCUGCUCUGCGCCUUUGGGCCCUAUCCCUGUGGGCAGCAUAGUGGUUAGCACUGCUGCCUCUCACGCCAGAGACCCGGAUUCAAUUCCCGCCUCAGGUGACUGUGUGGAG